CACACUCUUACCGCCGCACCGUCUUCCUUCCAUUAUAGGUUCUUGUUGCUAUUUUUUCCGCCGCUUCUAAUAUGGCAAGAAGAGGACUUCUCUCUCCUCUUAUUAAACCCAAGAAAAGAAGAGAAGAGGAGAAACCCUAGUUCUUUUUUUUUUUUCUUCUCAUCUGGGCGCGAGAGAGAAGGGAGGGCACGAUGAACGAGGCGGAUGUCUCGAAGCAGAUCGAACAGAUGGUUCGAUUCAUCCGGCAGGAGGCCGAGGAGAAAGCCAAUGAGACCUCCGUCUCCGCCGAAGAGGAAUUCAACAUAGAGAAAUUAAAGUUUGUUGAAGCUGAAAAGAAAAAAAUUCGGCAAGAGUAUGAGCGAAAAGAAAAACAGGUGGAAGUUCGUAGAAAAAUUGAGUACUCAAUGCAGUUAAAUGCAUCACGUAUCAAAGUUCUGCAAUCCCAGGAUGAUCUGGUUAAUUCCAUGGAGAACUCUGCUAGCAAGGAGCUUUUUCAUGUUUCUGAUGACUCAGAGGCUUACGGAAUGCUUCUGAAAAAUCUGAUGGUACAGAGUUUACUACGCUUAAAGGAGCCAGCAGUAUUGUUGCGUUGCAGAGAAAUAGAUCAUGACUUGGUUGAAUCCAUCUUGGAGGAAGCAAAGCAAGAAUAUGCAGAGAAAGCAGAAGUUCAUCCUCCAGAAAUUACCAUUGAUGAGCGUGUGUAUCUUCCACCACCUCCAACAGAUUAUGAGGAUCAUGGUCUUUUCUGCUCCGGAGGUGUCGUUUUGGCUUCACGAGAUGGGAAAAUUGUCUGCGAGAACACUCUAGAUGCCAGACUGGAUGUUGUUUUCAGACAGAAACUGCCUGAGAUCCGGAAGUGCCUUUUUGGAAAGAUCGCCACCUGAUUAGUCUGUAUCUGCCCUUUCAUCUGUAAUAAGAGAUCCCAUGUGCUCUCUCAAACUUCUAGUGUUUUAUCAAAAGGGUAGAGAAAUUAUAGUUAAUACAUGUUUUUAUUGUAAUUGGUUUCGCCAUAUGGCCUUGCACGUUUGCAAGUCCAUGGAUGGUCCAUUGUCUGAAUAAGGACCCUUCAAUUCCCUUGUCUUUGUGGAAAAGGGGCCCAAAUCGCUGGUCGGAUGCCAUUGCUGUAUCAGUUGUUUUGCUUGAAAUGUUUUGAUCAUUGGUAGAACUCAAGGAGAAAAUUUAUAUAUUGCUUGUGGCUCCUGAAUCUUGGAAUCAAAUAUUUUUUUCUGCUGCCA